AUGUACGACGAAAACAUUUUUAUAUUUGUGCCAAACAUAAUUGGAUAUGCAAGAAUUAUUUUGGCUAUCGUUUCCUUUUAUUUUAUGCCAACAAACUAUAUUAUUGCUUGUUCAUGUUAUGUAAUAUCAGCCCUACUAGACGCUUUUGAUGGACAUGCUGCAAGAUACUUUAAUCAGAGCACCAAAUUUGGGGCUAUGCUUGAUCAACUGACAGAUCGUUGUGGAACUAUGGGAUUGGUGGCAGUACUGGCACAUUUCUAUCCAAAGUACAUGUUUCUGUUUAUUCUGUCUAUGUGCAUUGACAUCGCCUGCCAUUGGAUAUAUUUACAUUCAUCCAUUUUGCAGGGUAAAACAAGCCACAAGUUUGUUGACAUGUCAGAAAAUCCAAUAAUGAGACUCUAUUACACCAAUAAAAAUGUGCUGUUCGUAAUGUGUGCCGGCAAUGAAGCAUUUUAUGCUGCUUUAUAUCUUCUUCACUUUUCUGAAGGCCCUAUCAUUGCAGGUUUGGGAUUAUGGAGGAUCAUCAUAUUCCUUUCAGCGCCAAUAUGUUUCAUUAAGACAGGAAUUUCCCUUCUUCACUGUGUUGUUGCCUCAAAGAAUUUGGCGAUUAUUGAUAUUAACGAGAGAAAGAAUGCUGCUAAAAAAGCAUUUUAA